GCACAAAAAAAGGUUCGAUAUCGAUACUGGUAAUGUUCCAAACCCAAGACAGCACAAGUUCAGACCGCCGUCGUCCCCGUUGAUCAGCAAAAAUGGCAGCAAGAGCCGAGAAAAAUGACCUCAACCUUAUCUUAGUUUCCCACCUCAACACCAUCCACGAAACCCUCCAAGUUUUGGAUUUAACACCUUCUUCUUCUUCUUCCUUCGCUAACAAAGUCACCUGGGAUGACGUCAUUAAAAUGUCUGAACAAGUUUCCAAACAAGCCACCACAGUUGGAAUGCUUUGGACCGGAGAGAAGCCGGAGUCAAAAGCAGUUGAGGAAAGUAUGACAUCCUACUUCAACAAUCUACAAGGUUUCCUCUUGAUUUCUCAUGGCAGCAUGGUAGGUGCAGGCCCUACCUUGUCUUCCAGUAUUCAUGAAUCUGUCAAUAAUGUUGUUGAUUCCAGCUUCAGGUUGAUGAAGGAAACUGUCUCUUUAUACGGAUCCCAUCGCGAAGAGCUUAAACAAUCAGUUCCGCAACUGGUAGGUACUGUAUGGGAAGCGUGUUCUGCGCUAAAAAAGACUCCUACAACAAAUAUUACAGCAAUUGGGCGCAGAAUGACAAAGGUCGCAGUUUCAGUAAAGGACGUUCUACGCGAGAUGAAAGAAUUGAAGCCAGAUUCUAGUGAUGAUCCUGUUGACAAUAGUUGUGCAGAAACAGAGUCUGAACCAUGCAAUAAUAAUUCAAGUGACGGUGAUAUAGGGAACGACCUAUCACCUGAAGAGAUGAAAGUGGCUGAAAGAGCCAUUGCAGUUGUGUCUGACACACUUUCAGUCCUGAAAGAACUUAUUCGCUCCAUCACAGGCUUGAUUAAGAUGGAAAAACCAAAUGACAACAGCAGUUUUGUAGAUUCACUUGAAAAAUUGUUGCAGCUUUGUCAAGAACUUGGCCAACAGAUUGAUGAGAUUGGAGCUUGCCUCUAUCCCCCACAAGAGAUUUCUUCCAUUGAGGCGGCAUUGGAGAAAAUCCACAGCACUAUUGAUGUUAUGCAGGCGGAAAUAGGUGGAAUUCAAGGUGCAUCAGAUGGAUUUCUAGAGACAUGCAAUGGUUUGAGGAGCUCACUGAGAGAGCUCGAGUCUGAACUAAGUAACUCUAGUACUGCUGACGUAGAAGCCAGGGUUGAAAGUAUAACGUUAACUGAUAAGUAGACUCUUCUGUUGGUACCAUUUUUGUGUGCAAGGAAUUUGACUGUGUAGAAUUUCUGAAAUGACCCUUUUGAUUGAUAAUUUUGUUUACAUAAAUACAAGUAUGCUUUUGUUUCUUGUAAAUGCUCGAGAGUAGCGACAAUUGAAAUUAACGUUGCUGCAAUGUCUCAUUUAAGAUUUAUUACUAAGAGUGAUCGCAAUAGAUCAAAGUAACUUGAAUUUA